AACAAAACACAUGACUGACUACAUAUUUUUGACCACACUCGAUUCACAAAGUGCGAAGGGUAGGAAUUAUAGGAUAAGUAAGUGCAAUUAAUUUCUAUUCAAGUUCCGCUAAUCUUGACGGUCACGAUCCAGUGUUACCUGUCGCAUGUUUAUUGCCCACUGCUUAGAGAAAAUAUUAUAUUACUGCUGCGACUAAAUAAAAGGAACAAAGACAUAUUUCGUAAAAACUAAUUUUGGGAAGCCAAAGUGAGGAUGACUUAACAAUUUAAGCAAGCAAUUGUGUGUUGACAAUUUGACCCCAUCCCAUACAUGAGUCAUUACUCAAGUUAACAACAAGUGUAAGACAAGUCCAGUGCAAAAUUUCUUCGUUCUGCGUCUCUGCUAACACCCUGUUUGGCUUGUGGAUUUUGUUUUAAUGUAUAGUGUAUUUUUUAUACUCUUGAUAAAAGUGAAGUGACAAAAGAUAUCUGUCUGAAUGGUGUGCGAAGACGAGUCGUCAGUUUCUCACUUGGAAUCCGAUUCAAGGAUGGGCUUUGGUAUGGGGUGCGAAUUUGCUCAACUGUUGCGGCCGACGAUAUCGUCCCUGAUUCAGAGAAUUUACUUGAAUCCAGACGCUGGAUUGCUUUUUUGGAUCCCACCUAGCUUCAAUAUUAAUUCGAUGGCUGACUUACUGCUCAAAAUCGCAAUUUUCUUUGGACUGGUAAUGAUGAAAAUCUUACUCUUCGUACUCGAAAGAUUUGUCCCACAUCAAGAUACAAGAAAAAGAAGAACGAAGGAGGAGAAGAAAUCUGAACACAAACCCAUGGAUCCGCUGUACAAAGAAAAAACCUAUAUUGUUGAUUAUUCUUCUGGAGAGAUUGAUGAUAAGGAAUCUCAGUCUGGGUGGCUGGGAAGCUGGUUGAAGUGGUGUCCAACGUCAAUUGCGAUGCUACGGCAGGCAGAAAAAAAGAUCCUCUCGUAUGUCAAGACUUCAAUCAGGGGUGCAUAUGUGAAUAUUGGACCCGUUGUUGGAAAGGAUGACUGCAAAAUAUGGACGAUAUCGUUAACGGACAACCACCCGGAAAGACCACCGUUGGUAAUGCUUCAUGGUCUGGGGGCUGGUGUUGCGUUAUGGGCCCUGAAUUUGGAUGGCUUGGCAGCGACCCGUCAUGUAUAUGCAGUAGAUUUAUUAGGUUUCGGAAGGAGUUCUCGCCCAGUUUUUAGUACUGACGCCUUGGAUGCUGAAAGAGAAUUUGUCCAAUCAAUCGAAGAGUGGCGGAAAGAGAUGCGUUUAGACAAGUUUAUCCUUCUCGGUCACAGUAUGGGAGGCUUUCUAGCAACCUCCUACGCAAUUCGAUAUCCUAGCCGUGUAUCACAUCUGAUAUUAGCAGAUCCAUGGGGUUUUCCUGAGAAACCAGCAGAUUUGUCACAAAGAUAUCCGAUUCCAUUGUGGGUUAAAAUGAUUGCAUAUUGUCUGCAACCUUUGAAUCCUCUUUGGGGAAUACGUAUUGCUGGACCAAUGGGUCCCAAAUUGAUUGAAAAAGUUAGACCUGACUUGAUUCGAAAGUUCGCAGCACUUAGUGGAGAUGGUGAUGCUACAGUUGCCGAAUAUAUUUUCCACUGCAACGCUCAGACACCAUCUGGAGAAGCGGCUUUUCAUUCGAUGAUGUCGUCAUUUGGCUGGGCGAAAUACCCCAUGAUUAAUCGGAUUCCUUCUCUCAAGCGUGAUGUGCCAUUGUCUAUGAUUUACGGUUCGAGGUCAUGGGUGGAUCAUUGUCCUGGCCAACAAAUUCAACAAAUGCGACCUAGUUCUUACGUUGACGUUCAGAUCAUUCGAGGAGCGGGUCAUCAUGUUUAUGCCGAUUCAAAAGACAAAUUCAACGACUUGGUUUUGAAAGCUUGUGCUCAUACCGAUCUAGGAAAUCCACUAAAUUUUGACCUAUCUCCAAAGAAGGAAACGAUACUUGAACCAAGUACUGAUAUACAAUUGGAUUUGAAGCCUGUUGAACAAGAUGAAAAACCAUCCCUACAGCCUUAAUAACUCUCUAUCUCAUCAUUAUUACUGAAUAUUGUGUCCCAACCAUACUCGCUGUAUCGUCCAUUAUUGAUCCGUAAUUAUUUGUUGAAACAUCUAGUUGGAACUAUUUAUUUUUAAACUUUUGAUUGAAGAUUUUACUACUUUUCGCAGUACGAUGUUAAAUUUUGUGGUCUUAAGAUAGACAUCCACAACUGAAGAGCAGGAAUUCAAAAUAUAGUUCCUAUUAAGUACCUACAUAGAUCUCAUUUGUUAAAGAAAGUAACUGAAUGUUGUUCAUGAAAUGAUGAGUUGCAAAUCUCUAUUUCAUUUCAACCUGUAGAUUCGUAGUUAUAUUUUGUUCCUGAUUGUUACCUUUUUUCCUUAUUUAUGAAUUACAGUGUUAUAUACAAAUGUAAUGUAUAUUAUCUUUACUAUCGUAUGUUAGAACUUGUCCACAUGGCCUUUAAUUUCCGCAUUAAAAGAUAAUGUAAAUUACAUUAAUUCUCUUAUUACAAUCUGUACCGUUGUAUGUGCACACGUCAUGACGAAUAUACAUAUGUAUAACAAUUAACAUAAAACAGUAUGUAUUAUUUGUGGUAAACUGUGUACCUGGUUAAAGAAAGGAUGGUAAAAAAAACUGUAAUCAAAAUUUGUAAUCUUAUUAAUGAGCACAUUAUUAACACA